UAACUUACUGGACAAGGCAAGAGUAAUGUAAAGAGAGUCAAACCUGGUCGAGAGGGAGGAGCGGGUGCUCGUGACUCCGCCCCCGUGCGCGGCGCAGGUUUCAUAAAGCCCCGCGCGCACGCCCGCUCCAGCAUCAGCAUCCGGCGACGGCGGCACCGUCAUGGCGCGGGAGUCUCGCUCCUCAUCGCUGUGUCUGGAAGAAACGCGCACUCACUCGCUCUCCUAGUGCACCCCGCGCGAGUCAGCAAGGGGAUGCAAGCCCUCCACAGACCCGGGCUGCACCGGACACCAGACGCAGAGCUUUGGCUGGACCGGAUGGCGGACCUCCAGAACCAGAGCUCCGCGAACGGCACCGAGCUCAGCCGCUUCAGCAACCUGGAGGACAUCAACCUGCCCGCGGACGGCACGCUGGGGCUGCGCGUCAUGAUCUCCAUCGUGUACUCGGUGGUGUGCGCGGUGGGUCUGGUGGGCAACCUACUGGUCUUCUUCCUCAUGAAAGUCCGGCAGGGGAGGAAGAAGUCCACGAUUAACUACUUCAUCAUGAACCUGGCGGUCACGGACUUCCAGUUCGUCCUCACGCUGCCCUUCUGGGCCGUGGACACGGCGCUGGACUUCACCUGGCCGUUUGGACACGUCAUGUGCAAGGUGGUGGUCACGGUGACCGUGAUGAACGUGUACGCGAGCGUCUUCUUCCUCACCGCUAUGAGCGUGACGCGCUACUGGUCUGUCGCGUCGGCGCUCAAGGACCGCACGCGCAACAAGCGCUGCUCUGUGAAGCUGGUGAGCGCGCUUCUGUGGCUCCUCGCCACCGUUGCGACGGUCCCCACGGCGAUCUUCUCCACGGUGAGAUCGAUUAACGGGGUCAAGCUGUGCCUCCUGCGCUUCCCCAACGGCCAGCACUGGCACGCGCUCUAUCACCUGCAGAAGAUCCUGGUGGCGUUCGUGUUUCCGAUGCUCAUCACAGUCGUGUGUUACCUUCUCCUCCUGCGCCUCAUUCGCCUGCGGAGCAUGAACAACAACCUCCCCAAGCGCAGGUCCAGAGUCACUAAGUCCGUCACGAUCGUGGUCUUGUCCUUCUUUGUAUGCUGGCUGCCCAACCACGCCAUCACCUUCUGGGGAGUCCUGGUCAAGUUUAACGUGAUCCACUGGGAUAAAGUCUACUACACGCUCCACACGUACGUGUUCCCGGUCACCAUUUGCCUGGCGCACUCAAACAGCUGCUUGAACCCGGUCUUGUAUUGCCUCAUGCGCAGGGAGUUUAGGAAAAUGCUCAAGGACUUCUUCUGGAGGAUUUCGUCGCCUGCGAUCGCCAACAGCUGUCAGAUCCGCCCGUUCUCGGGAACCGUGAAGGAGCACGACGACAGCCACGUGGCGAUUCCUCUGAACGUGAUGGAGACCGAGGAGUACAGACUGUCGGUGGUGAACGGGCAAACCGACGCGUUACCGUCCACGGACUGCGCGGUGAAGAGGUAGACGCGCGAAGCCGUGCGUAAAAGCGCGCUGUUGACUUGAGUUACAGUACUGGAGGACUUUCUGCAAACUCGUCUACAAGGAUGUCGUUCGACGCUUUUUUUAUUCUUUCAAGUGAUGUUUCAAGAUGUUGCAUCCUUAAACGUUCGUGCCAAAUCGUCUCAUGCAAACCGUGCGUGCGCUGCGAGCUUUUUAUCGCUUCUGUCCACGUUCCUGAAUCUAAUGUUUUUAUUCCGUGUAAACGUGCGCGGUGAAGCAGACCCGGAUGUACAGAGUAUCGAUUUAUCUAAUAUAAAAUAGGCUUAAGCUGCAAUGCAUUUUUUUUUUUUUUUAUAGUUUUCACUUUUACUCAUGUUUGGAGGAAAUAAUGCUGCUUUAAAAAAACAAAAAGUACAAGACAAGAUUUGACAAUAAUUGUGUAUGCAUACAAUUAUUAUAAUAAUUAUAAACAUAUUAUGAUGUAAUAGG